AUGAUCCCGUAUGAUGAUAUAGCCGGAAAGGAUGCUCUUAUUGCAGAUGCGAUUGGGAUCAAUGAAGAUGAUGCAUUUGCCUUCGGACCUCAUGAAUCAUUUCACAAAGACAUCGGACCAUCGGACAAGGUAAAGGGGAAAGAUGGCACGUCUGACUUAGAAAUUGAUCCAGAAGGCGGUGAAAGAAAAACUUGGUUGGGAGGCAAAUUUUCACCCUGGUGUCAGGCCCAAUCCAGACAAAAUACAAGGCAUAAAUUCAUUUUCGACCCCGAAAAAUACGAAAGACAUAAAAAGGUUCUUAGGUUUAGUUGGAUACUAUCGAAGGUUUAUUAA